UUAAUAUCGAUCGCUUUGGUGUACGUGGAUUUGUAGGUCACACCAAAAAUGAGUGUUAAAACCGCGCCAAAAAUUUCUCAGCGAGAGAAAUUCGAAUUGAUUAAUUCAGAAGUCCGUUCCUUUUAUGAAUAUUGUAAAGAAGCUGGAAUUAGCGAUGAAGAGAUGGACAUCAUAUGUCGCCCUUUGACGAACGCUGUUCGAAAGGCGUCAAUCAAAAGAUGGACCAGGGGAUUCCUUAUUCUUGUAAUGGUACUAGCGAUUGGGUAUACUGUAUGCCAGACAGAUACUUUUCAAUGGCAUGCUACAGCAAUCGCAAGAAUUACACUGAUAAAGGUACUACCCGUCUGGGAUUGGACGCCGUUGUAUUAUAAUAAGUGUCUCAUAGAAAAAUCGCAGCCACAGAAUUUGGAUAAUGAUCUCUUUUCGACGGCUGAUUGUAUUACAUGUGAAGCGAUAAGAAACAUCGCCAGGGUAUCAGAUGCCACCUACAAUGAGGUUUUCAACCACCACUUGCUGAGAGGCGCACCAGUGAUCGUGACCGACGCCUAUUACGAUUGGUCAGUUUCCGAACUGAAUCUCACUAAUUUCAUUAGCAGCGACGACAGACUCCGAGAUUCCGUUCCCUGUAGGAUCCUUACAAACAUACGUAUUGGUAAACAGCCCAUGGACCUAGAAGAAGUGGUGUCCAGAAUCACUAACACAGACAUACCGAGCUGGUUUGUCCACUUCCAGAACUGCGAUAUACGAGCAGUCAAAUCGUUCAGAAUCCUUGCCCCGAGGCCUUAUUUCCUCUCCCCCCACAUUCCUCCUUCACACUUUAAUUGGCUCUUGCUAUCGAAGAACUACGAUACUCAUAGAUUCAAGCAUUUGGAGCUUGAUAUAGGUCUGAUCGUAAUGUCUCAGUUGAGGGGGAAAACCUUCGUCCAAUUACGACCACGAGCUCCCUGUGAGGACAUUUGUUAUACUUUAAACGUUCAGUUGAAUGAGGGGGAAACACUGGUCCUGAGCAACUCCCUGUGGGAGUUGGACUAUUUCCCGGGGAAGGGCGAGAACAUGGCGAUGAUCACCGAGACGGACUGGAUCGAGUCGUAAUAUACGUACUUAUCUGUAGCGGCGGAAUGAUAUUAGCCCUUCGUGUUAUAUUCACGUAGAUUAAAAAGUUAGCACAUUUUGGAAACGGCACUCUUCGUAGUAAAUAUUUUAUAAGCACA